AUGACAGAAACGCAAGCUACCUUCGCAAAUGAUGUGGAGGAUGCAGACCUUGGGGUGGGACCGGAGGACGCUUCGUCAGCUUCUAAUAUAGAGGUUGGAUCCCUUGUUGAGAUUCGAAAGGGUUCUAUAUAUGCACAUGGUAUAGUAUUGGGCCAUUCGUAUAUGAACGGUCGCAUGUGGCAUCUCUCCUUAAUCAGUACAGGCGAAGUCGUUCAGCAUGUCGAGUCAGAUGUGUACAUCGAAGUCCCUCGUAUGGCCGACAGGGACCUCACGCUCCGCGCAGGCACCGGCAUAACUCCAGUGGACCGCGUAGAGACUAAUGCACGUGUUGAAAUCCUCAAGUACCUACGGGAGGCUGAGAAAGAGAUAAACAAGGCAUUCAUGGUCAUUGGGCGGAAGAACACGAUGCUAUAUCCCAACGUGCGGGCGAAGCACCCAGACGAGUGGGCGUCCGUCAGUCUUUCAGAGGCUGCGAAGCUGGUGUGCGAUUAUAGACCGGAGAGCUGGUCGACUCUUGUCGCGACACAUAAAUAUAUCAUGGGUCGCCCUAUCGAAUUUGUGCCGCACAUGCAGUCUCAGAGACUUACGCUCACGUACGACGUGCGGCCAGAAAACCAUGUUGUCAAACUGCAGAGAGUCGUGGAUAUGGUGCGGAAAAGGAGUCCGGAACUGGAGGCGUUUAUCGAGAAAGCUCGGGGCCUUAUUCUUACUGCCAGAGAAAAGGCUAGCGAGUCUUGGGAUGAGCCUCUGAGUAGAGUUGUCGUAAAGGAUAUCACAUUUUCCCCAGAUGAUCGCACCAUCUUGGAUGUCUUGCAUCUUGCAUUACGCAGAACGCGUAACACUUCUGUUGAUCCCUUUUCUGGAGUGGUCACAUCCAUCAUCAAGAGGAUUGGCUUGCAUGCUCAUAAAAUGGUGGACGACGUGUGUCUGCGGCAGUUCUUGAUAGAGAUGGGAGAGAUGGCCCCUUGGGAGGAUAUCGUCACCCAGAGGAAGGAGCUAAAUCUGGACUUGACGCCGGACGAGGAGUCGCAGCGCGUCAGAGAUCAAGACGCUCUGGUCAAAAGGGGCCUGUCUUUGCUGCGACCCGAGCGAGCGAAGGCAAAGCAACCAUUAGGACCAGAAGACUUCUAUGAUCGUGAUCCCGUCGAGCAUCUGCGACACGACUUCGGAAACUUACCAGUCUACGUGAUUGACGACGUGAGCGCAGAAGAGCUGGACGACGGCUUGUCGGUGGAACCUGUUAUUCACGAACCUGGUUCGGCUUGGAUACAUGUCCACAUUGCAGACCCCACUGCUGUCCUCCCACCGACUCAUGCUAUCGCAGAAGCAGCACGUCGAAUGGGCUCCUCCGCAUACUUCAUCCACAGGACAUGGCCUAUGCUACCUCCCUCCCUUACCCACGACCGACUAAGUUUGUGCUCGCAUUCUCAGAAAGGGGAGCCUGAGCCUGUUCUUACAUUCAGCUUCAAGUUAGAUGCUGAAGGCAGCAUAGUCGACUACGAUGUUAAAGCGGGUCUCAUUCGCAACGUCAAAAGAGUUGAUUACGAUAGUGUGGAUCGACUUCUUGGAAACGGAGGUGUUCAAUUUGGCUACCCAUUCGAGGCACCCCAAACCCCCGGAGUCUCCCAUGUACCUGUACUAGAAACCAAAGAUGUGGAGAACAUGCGUCUUAUCGACGUCCUGACACGCAGGUUCCGACAGCGUAGCCGCCAGACACUAAAUCCAUUCGUAUUCUCAGCUCCAACAGCUACUCUUGUGGCUACUGCAAAACCAAUCCACGGCGCUCCGACAACACCAGCUUGGAACCCUUCGUAUUAUCGUGGCUUCCCUAACCUUACCUAUCAAGUGUAUUCUCAGAAAACAAUAGAGCGCGGCUCGCGGUUGUUUGUUGCCGAGUGCAUGAAAACAGCAUCCCGCGUUGCUUCACGGUGGUUCGCCGCAAAGGGAGUACCAAUGUUGCGUCGUUCUGCACGGCCUCCGAUAGCCCUCGAGGACAACGGAGACAUUGAGAGACUGGUUGCGAGGAUGGACGAGGAUGGAUUUGUGGAUCACACGGAGUUCCUCCAGACAAAAUUGCACAUUCCACCUGUUGAGUAUAUCCUUCAGCCAGGUAUGCACUGGUCAAUGGGUAUCCCAGAAGGGGAAGGUUAUGUGCGUGUCACAUCACCGCUACGACGGUACAACGAUCUGGUUGCGCAUUGGCAGAUCAAAGAUGCACUGCUUCGGCCGAAGGCAUCUACACGCCUAUUCACUCCCGGGUGGCUCACUACCUACGCCACCGAGGUACUUGCGUACGAGAAGCUUUGGAAGCAUAGCGAUCAGAGUCAUCGCAUGCAGUGGACACUCAUGUACAUCAAGCGCUUCCUUGACCACCCGAACCCUUCCAGUGAUCGCAUCGACCCUCUGCAAUCCCUCAGUGCAUACAUCACAGAGCCUAGCAGGAGGCGCGACUUGCUGACGAACCAAUUUUCAUGCUACAUCCCAUCACUUGGUCUACCAGCAACAAUUAUCACGCCUAGGACUACGGAAAUUCCGGUAGGGCAGUAUGUGAAUGUGAGAGUCAAGGAAAUACAGGUCGGUUUGAAGGCGCUAUUCAUUCUGGAGCUAUGCGGUGGUACAUAG